CGUCGUUUGUCAGCGCAUGCGUAAAGGAAGGAACAGAAUUCAGAAGGGAUAAACGAGGCAGUGGCCCUUCAGCAACACUGGAUAUCUUGUGAUCAUGGCUUUCAGAAGUAUGAGCAGUAAGAAACAUAUUGGACUUCAAGAGCUUUCAGCUUUGGCAUCCACUGGAAGGACCCUUUUAGGACCGGUGAAAUCAUCCAAAUUUAUAAUUAACGAAAGUACUCUGGACAGUAUCUUGAUUUGUUCUGCAGCGAGACUUCUAGAAAACUUGGAUUUCAAUAGUGCCGUUGGACAGCUUCUUAACGAGUCCAUCCAGGCGCAGGAGAAAGAAUAUAAAACUGGGACAACUACUUUAUUAUUUCUAGUCAGUGCAUGGAGCAAUGCUGUCCUUGAAUGCCUUCAGCAGGAUGUUCCUGUUUCAGUAAUAGUAUCUGUGAUGUCCGAAGGUCUGAAUUCUUGCAUUGAACAUGUGCAAGGCCUUGCGUUAUCGCUGCACGAUAUACACCAAAGGCGAGAUGAUGGAGACACCAGUUGUAUUUUCACGGACAAAGAACACUGUUUGCAAAAUUGCGAGUUUGGGGUAUCAAACUGCAACCAAAGAUCAAAAGUAACCCAUAGUAGAUACUUCAGUAAUGUAAAGGAACUACCUUUACCCUGGCAACUAGAUCGAUCCAAAAAACAUUUUGAUGAGCUCUGUGAUCUAGCAAUGUCACUUAGCCAUGAAAGCUGGCCUGCCAUGAAAUUGGUGCAGGAUGUUCUCAGCUACCAGUUGCAUAGUGUCAGCAUAAUGGCUCUUCCUUUCCAAUUUAACCUUUCAGAGGUCGUGACUUGUUGUUUACCAGGUGUUUCUGAAACCCAUUCUUGUGUUUAUCCUGGUUACACAACUUUAAUAUGCCCAGAGAAAGCGGUCGUUGCGAAGCACUUUCAGGAUGAGCCUCUUCGUGUUAUUCUUGUAAAUGGGGACCUAAGUGAAACCUAUCGCCAUUUGGGCUUUAAGAGGCCACAGAAUGUAAGAAUCCUCUUUGAAAGUGCAUCUGAUCUGGAAAACAGCCAGAGAUCUUGGGUGGAUUCUAUGCUAGAUAUUCUGAUUCAGUUUGGGAUAAAUUUAGUUUUGGUACAAGGUGCGAUCUGUAGAAGUUUGGAACAAUGCUGUCUGUUGAAUAACAUAUUGGUGGUUAAUGGAGUCGCUUGCAAUGCAUUGAGGGCUUUUGGUGCUAUUACAGGCACAGAACGGGUGACCUACCUCACCCAAGUGAAUGAGCGUUGUGUUGGCAAAGGCAUCUAUAUGAAGCUCUGUGAAACUCCGGAGUCAAGUGGAAUGGAGCUGAAUGGCCAAAUGCUGGUUUCUUUAAUAGCAAAAGGAAUUCCCCUGACGACUGUGGUGCUUGGUUGCCCUGUUAUGUCCAAGAUGCAAGCCACUGAAGAUAACUUUUGGACAUGUGCUUCCCGUGUGCAUCAUGCCCUUCUUGACCAAGCAGUCUUUCCAGGAGGUGGCACUGUGGAAUUCCUAUGUCUCAGUUAUCUUGGGAACUUGGAGAAAGCAACCAACAUUUCUAAGGGAGAUUUUAAUGCUGGCAUCUCUUGGUUUGGAAAAUAUUCAGAACAAUAUCAACCUUUGGUGCUUAGUGCUUUGGCACGUGGUUGGCACCAGUACCUUUGCACUAUCAUGUGCAACACCACAAAAUGCACAUCUGAAUUAGAAGCUAGCACCUUCAUACAACAGCAUCUCCAAAAAGCAGCAACCUGUGAUUCUCCAGCAGUGUACAUACUAGAUGCGUUUAAGAAAGGUAGGAUGGGAGUUGCAAGCAUUGAAUAUGUUGGGAUGCAUGGAAAGGCUCCAAAAGUAUAUGAUAAUGUUGGGGCUAAGACAGAAGCAUGGCGAAGGGCUCUAGAUUUGGUGCUGUUAGUGCUACAGACAGAUGCUGAAAUUAUCACAGGCCCUCAGAGGGAUCAGUUGCUCAAAUCACAAGUCACAAGUAAGUUCCUGUUUUUGUAGGAACAUGUACAGCUUCUAAAAAUGACAGAAGAUUAAAAUUGUCAGUAUUUUGCAAGAAGAAAAGUAGGCAUAUAAUAGGAAAAUAAAAUUUAAAAUUCUGUAUUUUAGGAGUUAAAAAUGAUGUUAUCCACAGAAACCAUUUUAAUGGGGUGCAUCUGCACUGUAGACUUAAAAUACUUUGAUAUCACUUUAACUGACAUGUCUCAAUGCUGUGGAAUCAUGGGAGUUGUAGUUUUACAAUGUCUUUUGCUCUCCCAAACUACAACUCCCAAGGUUCCAUAGCAUUGAACUAUGAGCCAUGCUUUUUAAAACUUAAAUGUAUAUGUUCCUAUUCCAAUGUUUGUUCAUUUUUUGGUGCUGGUCAUCGAUUGUAAUAAUAAAUAAAUAUGUAUUGAA